GCCGGGCACCAAGCCGAACGGACGUGCUUGUUUUCGUUUCCGAAGUCGCUCAGCGCAACAGGAGAAGCAGCAGCAGCAGCAGGAGAGAAACCAACGUGUCCUCCAGUUGCAAGCGAAGCGAAGUGUUUGUUUGACCGUUGUGCCGGCAAGAUCGUGCAAAAGGGAUGCACCGGAUUUAGUGAUAGAUGUAAGGAUUGUUUCAAGUUUUGGCAGAGCAAAGCAGUGUCCAACAACGGAACAGUGAAAAGAAAAGGCGAUUUUACCGGUCUACAAAGUGUGUUCUGGUGUGCUGAUUACAUUGUGGCCUAUUUUGAUAAGGCAUUGUGAGUGUUUUACGGUAGCAAUUUUGAGACCCCAUUUUACCCGGCAACUCGAAGGAGAAAACAUUGGAACGAUCGUGUGCAUAGUGAUCAGAGGGUGAAAAAUUGCACAUUAAAAGCAGCAGUGUGAAAGCAGCCGUACGCCGGGUCGCAUCUUUAAAAGCGAGUUUUCAUCCAAUCGCCAGAAAACGGAAGACAAAGACACAGACAUGGCACACUUAUCGCCUCCACCUUCGCCACCGGUCGGCCAAACGCCUCCGGCCGUGAGUGCCCUGAACGCACUCAAUGCCUCAGCUUCAGCCAACCUAAUCCAGCGUGCCUCAGCCUUUAGCUCCGUACUGGGGCAGAAAUGGAACCCACGUGAUCUUCUGCUACUGUACAACCCGCUGUUCUACUCGGGUGCAGCCGCCUUUCCCUGGCCACAGUUUCUACUACCUCAGCAACCGAUCACACCGGUGUCGCCCAACCUGAACGCCUCUAGUCGUGACUAUACGCUUACGCCCGAGAAGGAGGAGAUUGUUGACGAAGAUAUGCCUCUGAACCUUUCGAUGAAGCCUUCCACCUCGACGCCCAAUGCACGGCACGUGGCCCUAACCCACUCGAUCAACAUCUGGUCACCGGCCAGCAUGUGCGAGAAGGAAACGAUCGACGGCGACAACCAAAGCAACAUCGACAUCGAGAACGACGACGACUCGAGCGGUGAUCUGCAGAUCGAUGAGUCGUUUGACUCGCAACACCACCACCAUCAUCAUCAUCACCAUCAUCAACCUCACCAGCACCAGGAGCGCCAGGACCGUCAGCGGGAAACGGCACGCAUCCUGACCGAGUACAACAGCUUGCUGCUGAACGGGCGACAGUCGGGCGGUGGCGGUUCACGCUCCUCCCAGGACUACUUCAACUACAGCAAGAUCAGCAAAGGCUACUUCACGCACCUCCAGCAGCAGCAGAAAAAUCUGGAAAUUCUGCGCCAAAACCGUACCGAUCUGUUCGUGCUGAACGGGGGAAACGACAACAACAACAAGGAGGGCGUCAAGAACCAAAACCAAACGGGACAGGAGCGUAGUGGUGGUGCUGGCAGUGUACGAUUGGGUGGUAGUGUUGGGGUGGGAACUAGUGAGAGUGAUACGAUCGGUGAUCAGUACGGGUACGGAAAGAUGGACGUAGGGGGCAGUUCCUCAACGCGACCCGACUCAACGCAACCGCAUCACGCGGACAGUCCGUACGGAAGUUCGAACGAUUCUUCGUCCCAUGGUCAUUCGCAUUCGAUCGUGAGCACACCGACGGGCGAGGGCGGCAAGAAGAGCGUCAAACUGUAUCAGUGCAAGCAGUGUGGCAAAACGUUCAAACGGUCCAGCACGCUCUCGACUCAUCUGCUGAUCCACAGCGACACCCGGCCGUACCCGUGCCAGUACUGCGGCAAGCGGUUCCACCAGAAGUCCGACAUGAAGAAGCACACGUACAUCCACACCGGUGAAAAGCCCCACAAGUGUGUCGUCUGCCUGAAGGCGUUCAGCCAAAGCUCGAACCUCAUCACGCACAUGCGCAAACACUCCGGCUACAAGCCGUUCUCAUGCGGGCUGUGCGAUAAGGCGUUCCAGCGCAAGGUGGACCUGCGAAGGCACCGGGAGGGCCAGCACAACGAGCCGGCGACGGCCGGCAGCCCGAUCGAUAUGGUCAAGUACGAGCCGAAGCUAAACCACACCAGCAGCGAAACGGACGACACGAUGAUGGAUGAGGUGGGUGCGGUGCAUGGACAGCACACCAUCGAAUUCCAGCACACCACCGCCGCCGCCCCCGCCGACAUCAAGAUGGAGCAGGUCAGCAGCAGUUGCUCCUGAUUUCCGAUCCCGCCGAAUCGGGUGGAAUGUUUCGCGAGGUAAAUGUAGGAGAAGAUGAAGAGAGAGGCGCAGUGAGAGUGAGAAAAGAUCAGCAAAAACGUACCAAAUGUUCCUUCAACUUCAAAACCGUGUUGUGCUGAGAUGACUUCCCUUCCGGAGGGAGCGCAGUGUAAAAGCGAAAGCGGAUUGCGUGCUUUCGGCGCGUCGUCUAAUUCCGGACUGAACCGUUUGUGGAUUCUGUGCAGGCAGCCGUUGACUGUGUAUGUGUAUGUGUGUGAACGCCUUUGUGUGAGUUUAUACGGCAAAAGAGCUCACUGACCCGAGAAAAACAGCCUAAACAAGAGCAGAUGGUACACCACGAGUUGCACAACUGGUGUGAUUGUUAGUUUCCUUCGUUCAAGCGAAAAAGGAUGCAUCCAAUACUAAAUCAGUUCAGCCCGUUUUUUGGGGAGCGCCUUUUGUACACCAUACGUGCGUUGCUCAGAAGAUGCUUUGUGGAAGUGUUUUCUUAUAGAUUCACCUUCUUAUGUGGUAACAAUAAUAACGACAAAAAACCCUCCGUCCUUUUGUUUAGAUGUUAGCUGUACCAUAAGUAAGGCUAGUUUGUGAACCUGUAGUACCAGUAGUGGCAGUGGGUCCUUCACAAGAUAUUUAUUUUUUUAUGUGUAUUUAAUUAUUACCAAUCGAAAGCCACCGUAAGAGGGAAACACCACCUAAGUGUAAUGUAGUGAAUUUUUUUUAAUUAUUUUUGAAACUAGAUAUACCAAAGUUAAUGCCGGAGUUCAAUGAUAUGGGAUGAUGAGCGAAAGAGAAGGGUUAUUUUCUAUGACAUUUUCAUCAAUAUGAGGUCAAUCGAUCUAAAAACCUAAGACACAUUUUCCCGAUUGAUCGUUUUUGAAUUAGUAAACAAGAAUGUAAAUACGUUCCUUCGUUACUCAUUUUCGGCCUAACAGAUCAUUGUUGUUUUUCAAAAUGAUUUAGAGCAUCUAGUCUCCAACAUCUGGACUGUAAAAUGUCAUCGAAUGGAAAUAACCCUUUUCUAAACCCUUUUUUCCCCUAUGCAUUGCUCAACCGACAUUACAUCAAAAUUAAAGAGGCAAAGUCCAAACGACUAGAGUGGAUCGUUACCGCGUACUAAGAAUUCGUCGUAUUCUAAAUUCUGCUGCAUUUUUUUUUUCUUCUCUGCCGAGGUAAAACAAGGGAAUUCUCUACUGUAAACGAGCAGUUUAGAUUUAGAUUCCGUACAUAUAACCAAGUUUACAAGUAUCAAAUUGUGUCUUGUAAACAAGCGAACACCUCCCCGUGUCUUUAGUCAUGAACUAGUGUGUAAUCAGCCGUCAGUGUUAGUGUCUACACACAUGUUGCCCAAGGGCAGCGUGUUGAACCCUUUUUCCGUCUUUAGUCAUGAAUUAGUAUGCCACUUAUUCUCAUAUCAGCUACAUGACCAAAGAGAAGUGUUUAAUUCAAAGACGAAAGCCCAAACGCUAGCCAUCGUUUGUGUCCGGAUAGUCUCCUAUCCGCUUGUGUCUUAGUCGAUACAAUUGCUGGAGAUCAUUCCGGUACAUUGCAGGCAAGGUUUGCGCGGGCUUUCAUCCUUUCCCAUUAUACUCUCUUUUGAUUUCAAUCGAGACCGAUCCCGAUCUAACUACCCAUUAGUGUACGUACAGUCGAGCUAGAACGGUGUCUGUUAUCUAGUGUCUAGAUAUGUUAUGUGUCGAGUGUCGAGUGUUGCGAAUCAGACGCGAUCGUUGGGAUCGAAACCGUCCAUCCAGAUUCCGGAAGGGAUUGUUAGGAUUAAGGGUGUACUGUAUAGUCUGCUAGUAAGCUAUGGUCUUCUAAGUAGCUAAGUUCGUUUAGUUAUAUUUAGGUAGUAUUAGUGAGUUAGGGAGAAAAGCUAGGAAUCAGAUAAAUAAAUUAAAAUGUAUACAUACUACACCGUACGGGAAAACAAUA